AUGAAGAUUGCUCUGCUAUGCAGCCUGGUGCUUGCCGUGGUGUAUGCUGUGGAGGCUGGAGCACUUUGCCACAUGGACCAUGAGAAGCUGGCUAGUACUAUUCUUUGCAUGAGCGAGAAGAUACCGACUGAGCUAAAGGAAAAAGUGCACGCCUUAAACAAGGAGGGAACGCCGUUUCCAGAGUUCAUCAAAAAGCACUGUGAUUCAGGCACUGACUAUGUAAAAGUGAUGAAGGCGAGUAUGAGCGAGGAAGAGCUUGCUUCGCUAAAGAAGGCUUACGAGGAGUGCACCUCUGCCUAAAUGAAGCGCUGCUCCACAGUGAGCCACAAUUUGAUCACGUGCCUUGGUGAAACUUCUAAGCGAAAAUUU